AUGACGAACGAGACCAACGUCGAGUCGCCUUCGAAUACCGAAGGCAACGUCGAUACCCUCGUGGAGCCAAUUCAGAAGAAUGACGAUGAUACCCCCGCUACCGACGGCGAAGUUGAGGAUACCCCUGUGGAUACCCCUGAGGAUACCUCUGAGGCUACCCCUGAGGCUACCGCUAGCGCUUCGGAUAACGGAGUUGCUGGCACAGAUAAUGGAUCCAUCGUUGAGCCAACGGAGACUACUAGUACUGAUAGCGACAAGAAGGAUACCCCUAGCAUUCCCGAGCCUGUCUCUUCCACUCAGGCCAUCCCCACGGAUACUGGAUUUAUUGACGAUAGCACUGAUAAUGGAACCGUCGAAACCAACAAGGGUCAAGUCCAAGCAGAUACCACGGGCGACGAUCAGGGAAGCAGCGCUCACAGCCCGCCGGUGACUGAAGAAAACAAGAUCAACAGCCCCGAGGAUGAAGCAGCCAGUACGAACAAUAGCAGCAGUGCGGAUGGAUCCGAAGAUACAGGAAUGACUCCCACAACAAAGGAAGUGGCCACCAGUACGCCCCAAGUUAAGCCCAACGAGCCUGCUAGCAGCACUGUAGCCGACACUCGCGACAGUAACAAACUUAACACGGAAACGGAUGCAUCCAACACCCCUCCUAACUCGGACGACAACACCACGCCAAUAGUCAAGCCAACUCGUACUGCAAAGCGACAACCGUCCACCGCUAGUACUGUUAUGGGAGGAUCCGUUGCAUCGGGUUCACGUGAUGACACCGAAGAGACAGAACUCAUUGAUGGGACCAACCGUGGACUUGUCCAGGCCGUCGAUAACACUGGCAACAACCACAACAACCACAAAAGGACUGUCCUGUUCCCUCUUUGGACCCAAGUCACCCAGGUUCUUCAUACUGCGAAUCAAAAGUUUGUUUCGACUCUGGCUAUGGCGGCUGCCCGCAACCCAGUGGUAUGCAUUGGAACCAUCAUUGUGCUCUCCGUGGCCCUCAUGGCAGCCGGCCUGACCACCAACUUUCAAGUCAACGUCAAUGAGAAGGAGCUCUAUGCACCCUUUAACAGUGUGUCUCGUCAGCACUACAACUGGUACCUUCAAGAAUCCGGUCUCAAGGAAGAUACAAGACCUGCUAUCCUGAUGAUUCACAACCACGGUGCCAAUGUGCUCAAUGCGUUUACAUUGGCAAAAGCAUUUGAGGCCUUGGACACGGUUCGGAACACAACGGGAUACAGCGACAUCUGCAACGAUGGAGCCUACUGGGACAGCUACAAAGAGGAAUUCACUUGUCGGAUUGUAUCUGCUACUCGGUUUUGGUAUCAUGACAAAGCAUUGUUUGAGAGCCAAGUGCAGAGUGAUGAUGAUUUGAUUCAGCAGUUAUCAGCUUCAGAAUACCCAGGUGGAGCACCCAUUGGACAGGAAUACUCCAUGGGCAAUCCACAGCGGGAUGAAAAUGGGACCAUAACCUUUGUCCCGAGCUUUUUUGUUUACAUUAUGCUAUCUGACAAGGAAUUGGAGACACUGGAAUUUGAAGCAGCUGUCCUCGAAAAGCUAGCCACCCUACAAGCUCAGUGGGAUGAGGAUGAUUCCACUGAUCUUCGCCUGGACUUCUAUGCCGAGAGAUCAGCACCAGAUGAGUUUCGUCGAGCAAUAGAUGAGGACCUCUACCUCCUUGGUGUUGGCUUUUUCAUCAUGAGUGGAUUUGCCUGCUUUGUCUUUUACAAGCGCCAGGCAGUCCAAUCCAGAUGCCUCUUGGGAGUGGGAAGCGUUGUGACCAUUGUCCUUUCACUAUGCAGUGGCUUUGGCAUUAUCUUCUGCUGUGGGAUCCCAUUCACCAGUUUGACACAGCUACUGCCCUUUGUAGUCUUUGGUAUUGGGCUGGAUGACACCUUUAUCAUAACUGGAGCCUUUCUCAGGUCAGAUGCCUCUCUGAGUCCUGAAGAACGAAUCCAAGAAGCCAUCACCGAAAUUGGGUCUAGCAUCAGUGCUACAACCAUAACUACAGCUUCUGCCUUCCUUCUGGGGUUGACCUCUAGUAUUCCAGCAAUCUAUUGGCUCUGUCUCUAUGCCUUUCCCACCAUUAUCAUCGACUUUCUUUACCAAAUCACGUUCUUUGUAGCCAUCCUGACUUUGGAUGAGAGGCGUGUACAAGCCAGCAGAAUGGAUGUCAUCAGUUGCUGCAAGGGCUCCAGUUACAAUGAUGAUGAGCUUAUGGAGAAUGAUCCGGAGAAAGUUGGAUUGCAGGGUGAUGAAGAUAAAGAUCAUCAAGCGAUACACUUUGCUGACACGGUUAUGGCUUGGUAUGCUCACUACCUUCUCCAUCCUGGGCUGAAGGUUCUUGUCUUGGGUCUAUUUUCUACCUUCUUUGGCUACUGCCUUGGCAGAGCUGCCAUGAUGGAGCAAAAUUUUGAUGUCAAGACCAUGUUCCCCAAUGACUCCUACGUGGUUCAUGCCUUAGACGCUGUCAAUAAUUUCCAAGAACGUUCAUAUGCCUUUCAUAUCUUUUUCAGAAAUGAGGAUCAAAGCGACCCAUCAGUGCAGCAGCAAAUGAUAUCCUUUGUGGAAGAUAUUCAGGCAUUACCAGCCUUAGGGUCGCCGCCUCCCUUGUGCUGGGUUCGUGACCUCCAAGCACUACAUGAGACAGAGUACUUUGAUGUGAUCAAGGAUUUACCUUUGGAAGAGCAGAUUCAAGUCGCCAUGGAAAUUCCUGCUUUCAAAGAGGCCUAUGGCAAUGAUAUUGUGAUCGAUGGAGCCACUGGAAAGAUAUCUGCAUCCAAGUGCACCAUUCUAGCCAGGAAUUCCUUCUUGUUGGACGAUGUGGACAACCGAGUUGGCUAUCUCAAUGAACAGCAUGCUAUCACAAUGGCACAACCUAUCAACCAUGGCAAAACUGGCGGGGAAGAGUCUUUCUUUACCUUUCAGGACAUCUACUUGAACUGGGAAUUCUAUAAUGUUGCUAUCAGUGAACUGGUCAUGAACAGUUUGCUGGGCAUGGCUGCUGUUAGUGUUGUCACUCUGAUAUUCAUGCCCCAUUGGACAGCUGCAUUCUUUAUCAUUCCCAUAGUUGCAGUUGUGUACAUUGACUUGCUUGGUGUGAUGCAGAUGGCUGGUCUUGAUAUCAAUGCUGUGACUUUUGUCUGUCUUAUUAUCUCGAUCGGUUUAAUUGUUGACUUCCUUUUUCACAUCAUGUUGAGAUAUGUCGAGUCAACCUGUACCACUCGUGAUGGCAAAGUGAAAGAAACCUUGAGAACUAUGGGGAGUUCCAUUCUCCUUGUCACACAUGGUCUGGUUGUGCUUCCUGUAGUGUUGUCUUUGAUGGGGCCUAUCAGCAAUGAACCGGUUCAGAGUCUAGAUGCUCAUGGCAAUCUUGUUGUUGAAGUGACAAGAGAAGGCUGUCUCAGCCCAAUGUCUGAUGAUUCUUUUGCCUCUCAUGUGAUGAUCCAAAACUCGAAGCUGCGGGGUAAGGGAAAGAGGCAACGGAUGUCUUCACGCACACUUCUAUUCUCUGACAUGGAGUCGGGGAGCAUGCAGCUGGAUGCAUAUGAAGGUCAUGACUUGACAAAGCAAUUUAUGAGAUCAAAGGUUGAUCCUUCUUCAGAGUUGUUUGUGGGCAUUCCAACGAUUUCUGAAUGCUAA